UUUAUUUAUUCCGUAUCAGCGAGACUUUGGAGUUAAUUUUUUUUAUUAAAAAGAUGGUGCUGUGGUGAUUGAACAAUUUUGGAAAGCUCCAAUUUUUCUAGUAAAUUAUUUUUCGUAAUCUAGCGGCGAUAUUUACUGCUUCAGCAAAUCCAAGAAUGAGUAGGCGACUUAACAAAAUUUGCUAGAUUGUUCUAGCGGUUUCGCUUGGAAUGAUUGUGUAAUCGGAAAGCAUAUGCCAAUGUACGUGUACCACAACCACCGGUGACGUCUAAUAAGUGUGCAGUUGCAGUAUUAUCGGCGUAAUGCAAAAUCGAUGAUAUCCGUCGCGACAAUAGGAACUUGGUUGUUAAUCACAAUAUGCCGCUGUAAUUAAACACGACACAAAUGGUAUAAAAGAAGAGAAGAGCGAAAAUAACUAGAAAUAAUUAGCACUGGUGUUGGCAAUGGUUUAUUCUUGUCAUCACAAGAUCAUGUCAUAAGGGAUGAAAAAAAUUAAGAGAAACCUCUAGCGAAUUCUGGAUGAUUUAGUUGAUGAUGAUAUUUUAUUCCAUAAUACCAAUGAUAAUAUGUAUAAUAUAUUUAACAUCACUGGUUUGCCAAGGCCAGUCAUUAAAGCCAUAAGAUCUCUGCAUUUUUUACGUGGCUAUUACUCAUGCGAUCUGACAUUAUUAUUUUUUUUAUACGUUUUAAGCGUGAUACAUACUACUUGUGGAUAAAAAUCGUAGUAAAAUGUAGAGAUUGUUUAUGAAGAUUAGCCGUGGACAAAAAUAUUUAUAGAAACUACUCGAUCGAUUUAUUGAAGAUCAGGGAAGAAAUUAAAAAAUAAUAUGAGUACGAAUAUCUAUGAUGAAAUCUGUGUAUUUACAUCCAAUAUUUGUUCUGUGAUUGGGGAUUUUCAUAAUAUACGAAGAGACCGAAAUCCAUUUUUAUUGGAGUGACGCCUCUGGAAAAGUGAUAAAUAAUAUGGGAUGAAAAUACUGCGAUAUUCAGUGCAGUCUAACUGAACAUUUUCUGGAAACCUCCCUAGAUUUUCUUAACAUCUCGUCAAUGAGAAUGAUCAAUCGAAAAUACUUUCCAAAAAAAGGCUACGUUUCAAUCCAUAAACUAUUCAAUUUAACGCAUAAAGGGCGUACGUUAUCGAAAAGAUCUCCUCAGGGUAAACACGUAGAACUCGAUUCUCAUGUAAAAUACACGACGAGACACAGCUGGAAGGGCAAACAAAAAAUAGCUAACUCCAGGCUUCCUACGAAUCUGGAGUAGUUUUUGAUGAUACCACACCGCAGAUUCCUGAAAUGAUCGUCGUAAGGCCGGAGUGCACGUGAAAAAGUGCCGUAGAAUGAUGAAAAGAUCUCAUUAAAUUUUCAUUUCAUUCCAAAGUGAUGCAGUGACCGCCGCGCGACAGAUGUCAGAGUCGUAGACGACUCGUAACAACGAGUUGAAGAAAAAUAUUGCCUCAAAUGUUCGUUUCAUCGAUGCCUGACUGAUUGACGGAGUGCAAAGUAAAUGGUGCGAAGAUAUGUGGCCUCUGGGAGGUGCUCAACAUGACCUUGACAGCUUAGUAAAAAAAGUAAAUAGAGACAAGGGCAUCUGUCAGGGGCUCGUGAAUUCAUUUCAGCCAUUGUAGCAGUCCCCAGUGGACGAUCAACAUCUCAAGUUCCAUUGAAAGAUGCAACUCUACAUGAGAUUGAUGCUGUUCUUUGGUGCUGUAUCUCUCCUGACUUCGAGCACUGGACUUGACGCCAUUGACUAUGGAUCUAUGAUCAAGAAUAUCUAUGAUACGUAUGGUACUGCUGGGAUAAUCAUAGCUUCCAGCGUCAAAUAUCAGUCAUUUUCGAGACUUACCGUCUGGCAGAGGGUAACGAAAAUGUUGUCCGAAAAAAAGAUAGCAACGGGACUCGUCAACUUCGAACAAUUCAAAGAGAGACUGGAAUUUUACACCAGCCGAACUGUCCGGCCCCUGGUUGUCAUCCUAUUUGGAAAAAAGGAUGCAAUUGAGCGUUUUUCACGGCUCACCGUGGCUAUAGACAUGAGUUAUCCAGUGUGGGUCUUCCUGUUCACUGCUGAGGCUAACUCAGAGGUCUGCAGGUUCUGUCAUGCACCGCAUGAAAAUCUGUUAAACCUGAGAUUCAACUCGGAGGCCCUUAUCUCGUGCUGCAACUCACUGAUUAUUGAUGAAUGGUGGUCGAAAACAGAGAACCACACGAAUACACGGGAGCUCGGCAAGUGGAACGAGGAGAGGAACGAGAUCGAGUGGUUUACGCAUGAGGCGCUCUACACACGUCGAUCUUCUGUUGAAGGUCGGACCUUUCGAGUCGCCAUUGUUAAGGGAUCCGGCUACAUUUGGCAGAAAAAUGGCCAAGUUUUCGGAUUCCUAGGAGACCUCCUGAAAGAACUAUCCCGAUCCAUGAACUUCACUAUCUCAUCUAUAAUCACGACUAUUGGCUACGGAAGCUGGAACCCCGAAACAUCCAAGUGGAGUGGCGUUAUUGGAACUCUCCGGCGACAACAGACAGACAUGGCAAUUUCGGAGUUCAGCAUGACCGAUAAACGCCUAGACAUGGUUGACUUUACAAUUCCCAUUGCAGUUGGCUACACCCGUAUAUACAUACAAAAGCCCAAUGGUGCCCGUGUGAAGUGGAAUGCUUAUUUUAAGGCAUUCGCAACGGAUGUGUGGCUUGUCAUCAUCGGCCUCCUCCUCACUAUGCCUCUGUUUCUGACCAUUAUCAAGUACAAGAGGAAGAAAUUCCGACUUUUUCCACUUCUUAUUGAGCAUUACUCCUACGUCUGGGGUAUUUAUUGUCAACAAGGAUUAGCAGAAUUCCCAGUUGAAGCUCCUCUACGAAUCGUAUAUGUAUCAAUAUUUAUAUCAUCACUGGUGGUAUCAGCCGCAUAUGCCGCGUCGCUGAUUAGUUUCCUCGCGGUUUCAUCAUCGUAUUUACCAUUCAAUACAGUGGAACAAUUCGCCGCUGACGGGACUUACAAGCUCGUCGUAUUGAAAGACAGUUCAGAUUACGAUACAUUGAGGGCUUCCAACGAAAUGAUCGCAAACAAGAUGAUGUCACUUAUGAAGCCAUACUAUCAACUACCCCAAACUCUCGAAGAAGGAUUUCAGCAGAAUGAAUUCUUGGAAUAUAUCAGGUGUGCAACGGACGAGUAGCAUUCAUCACGAAUGAGGCUAUGAAGGAUGCCAUGCUUGGGCCGAUGCCAUGCGAAUUAGCUUCCAUCAAGACAGGAAGAAUCGAAACCUUAGGAAUGAUCAUGCCCCUGCGCAGUGAAUACACAGCUCUAGUUAA